UAUCGAGCGACCAGUCGCGUUGCAGAGUUCUCUCGCCACGGUUCACUGUAACACACAGUAUCGCUCGUUCGUGCUUCAUUUUACUCACGAAAUUUUCCUCGGAGAGAAAAUCUGUUUUUUCCUUCACACCCGACACCCGAGCACUAUACGGUUUGCACUCAUUUUCGGGUUGUCUCUCGUGUGCACUUCUCACGACCUGUGCCUGGCGUGCCUCGAGUCUAGAAAAAUUCCUCGUUUAGUAAACCACCCGUCUGGCUAUUUGUGUCAAAUUACUGGCAAGCCAGACUGCUGCCCGUUGUGCGUUUUCAGGUGCUAGUGUGGUUAUAGUGUGUGCAGUUAGAGGCCCCGAGUCCUUUCGCUGGUGGAGCCGCCUGGUUGCCUACGUGACAUUGGUGGCACAAAUAGUGAAAGCGAAUGAAUGAACGGCGAGCAAGAAAAGUGUGUGAAAAAGGCACUAGACGGCACUUGGAAACACUCCCUGUUCUUACGGAACCUACGAGCCUUCGCAUGGCUGCACGGUGGCUAAUAUUUUGCGUCGUGGAGCUAUAACAGUAUGCUCAAUGGUAUUCACUCAAAAUCCAUUCAAUAAAACUCAGUUCGCUCCCAUUCUACGCGUCUUGGCUUUCUGUGAAGCUGUAAAGAAAGUGUGUGUGUAACUUGAAUGUAACAAUCGCGUUGAGUACUGUGGACGAACCUUUUGGAUCACACCCUCGAUGGCUAAAUGUAUAUUAUAGUACAUCAUUGAUUGUUUUGCUCCAACAAAACACCGUCCCGCAGCAUCAGACAUCCGCUGGAAAUGGAUUUAAGCGGUCAUCUAUCCGGUACAUACGAUCCUUACUCCCUACGGUCGCCGAACGCACCGAACGUCGCGAAUCACUCCUCCAAAACGUCCUCGGUCAACGGAAUUUCGCCGAUUCCCCGAAGAAUGCGUCCCCGGGUCGAGUGCUCCAUUGGCGAUGAUGCCAUGGAGAGUUGCGGUUACCUGAAGUUUACGGACGACGGCAUGAAAUCCAACUUCCUGCUAAGUCUUAGCACGAUGCGGAAGAAUCGUCUUUUCUGCGACGUCAUCCUGUUGGUCGACAACACGGAGAUUCACGCCCAUCGGAACGUGCUGGCCUGUAUUUCGCCGCACCUGAUGGAACUGUUCAGCACGGACGCAGGCACCCUGAACGGUGCUACGGCGGCCAGCGAUGGCAAGCUGGCGUGCUACCGGCUGAACGGGCUCGUCACGAAGCACGGCCUGAAGUUUCUGGUCGAGUACGCCUACACCGGAUCACUGGAAGUGCCAGAUGAGAUGAUCCGCGAUGUCUAUCUCGCUGCCUGGCAGCUGAAGAUCGACAGUGUGGUGACGGAGUGCGCCCGCCAUCUGGUGGGCGAACUGGAGCCGGAAAUCUGUAUCGAGACGCGUUCGCUGCCCGGCAUCGAGCGCAACCGGCGCUUCGUGCAGGAGGUGGACGGUUACAUUGCGAAACACUUUCAUCUCGUGUCCGAGACGGCAGGCUUCCUGCAGCUGCCUUGCGUGUUGAUCGAGGUGCUGUACCAGACCCGUCAAGAGAUGUCGCUCGUGGCGGAAUCGUCGCUCGGUCGGCUCGUAAUUGGCUGGAUCCGGCGACAGAUCGUGGAGGAAGAUGUUUCGGUCUCUUCACUGCUGGAACGUUCCCACAUGCUGUAUCUGGCGCUGGACAACACGCUGCAGGACUGUGCCGAUCUGCCGCCGGGCCAGGAGUCGGAAAGUGAUCUCGUGCAGGACUACAAGCGGCUGGUGCUGAAGUGUCCCAGCAAUAAGAAGCACCGUAAAGCACUCAAGACACCGGGCCGUCCGCGAAUGAUACUCUAUAGCCGCGAUAUCGGCGAACGGGUGGAGGCCAACGAUCAGGCGACGAUGGAAAUGGACUGGAACUUGAUCGGGUGCAGCAAGCUGUCGGAUCAUUCCUACGUGGCACUCGUUACGCUGAACGGUAAUUUGACACGGUUGUCGAUCCAGUUGCGUCUCAAUAUACCGACGACACCGUCCCCGAUCAACACGCCGGAUGUCAUGAGUACGAGCGUGAGCCGGGACGAAGAUCUCGACGAGGGUCAGCAGCCGGAGCUGUUCUGCGAGGUGGCAACCAUGUCCGGGCCGAAAUGCGGGCUCGGGGUGGCCGAAUUCGGUGGAAAGCUGCUCGUCUGUGGCGGGUACGACCGUGCGGAAUGCCUCCGGUCGGUCGAAGUGUACUGUCCGGAGACAAACUGCUGGACGCAGCAGAACAACAUGGGUGAAGCUCGCGGACGCGUUCAGAUUGCCGUUAUCGAUGGAACCGUGUACGCCGUUGGUGGUUGCAAUGGAACCACCGAGCUGGAUUCGGUCGAGUGUCUGUCGAGGCAGGACAAGAAGUGGAAAAAGAUGUGCAAACUACCUCUGGCCAGGAGCAACGCGGGAGUGUGCGCACUGCAGGGACAGAUCUACUGCAUCGGUGGCUGGAAUGGGCAGAGCGGCAUCAAACAGUGCGAUGUGCUGCGGCCCGAGGAGAACCGCUGGACGUCGAUUGCCAUGCUGAACACGGGACGGUAUCAGGCGGGUGUGACAGCGUUCGGCGGUCGGCUGUGGGUCGUUGGCGGUAGUGACGCUUGGAACUGUCUCGGCUCGGUGGAAGUAUACGAUCCGGAAGUAAACCAGUGGACUUAUGCGUCGUCACUGUUGACAGCGAGACGUGGCUGUGGAUUGGCAGAGUUUAACGGCAAACUGUACGCCGUCGGUGGUAGCGAUGGAACGCAUUCGCUCAACUCAACCGAGUGCUACGACGAGGACAGCAAGUGCUGGAUUGCCGGCCCCAAUCUCACCUCGCCCCGCUCGAACGUGUCGGUCGCCGUCGUCCAGAAUCGACUGUACGCGAUCGGAGGGUUUUCGGGCAAAACGUUCCUCAGCACGGUCGAAUACCUGGAUCCGGCCACCAACGAGUGGACGACGUUCGUACCGCAGACACGCGCCAACAUUGACUCGCUGCUGGAAAACUCGCUCCGAGCGGCACUACAGAACGUUCAACGUUCCACGUCGUCGACCUCCUCGUCGCCGGAUCACUUGAGCGGUGGAGUCGGAGGCGGGCGGGUCGCGGCUUCGGGCGAAGAAAACACCUUCCAACCGAUACAGGCUGCACUCAACAACGAGUACAACCGGCAGCAACAUUCGCCCAAGGUAGUAACCACCAGCAGCAAAACGGCUCUGCUGGAAGAUGAGGAGGAUGCCGAAGACGUUGGCGACGGACGAGGCAAGGGGGCCGUCGGUAAGACGACUCACGAGAACAGUAUUAGCCUGCUGCAGCAGCUGGCGGCCAACAAGUGCACGGAAAUAGCGACCGGUGGGAAUAACUCCAGCUAACCGGCGCUGGAAGCAUCAGCCACCGAAGCGCGCUUGUUGACCGACACCUGCGGCGUCACAGACGACCUUCCCGGUGCGGCAACGGCCCCUAACGAGUGCUACAACGGCGGUGAGCCAAUCGGCAACGCCGGCGAGGACGAUGAGGUGGAUUAGUGUGACUAAGGAAGAACGCAAGGAAGACCAUGAAUGGGGAUUCACGAUCGGGCUAGGACGAGAGCACGGCGUUCGAAUCGAUGGAGGAGAUCAGUGAGCAAUACGUAUCCCUAUUGUUUCGCUGAAUGGAGUGCGAACCAUCGUAAGGCGAUGCUAGUUGUAAGGAGCGAACGCGAAAGCAAGACAUAGCUUAAGAUACAAAGGGACACCAGAUCCUUCAAUGACGUUUUCUUCGUGAAGUAAUGCCAGGUGAAAUAUUGUCACAGAGUGCAAGAGGAUGCUAGUUUAAGGUUCUAUUUGCUACACGUAUUCUAACCCACUGCGCCCAUUGGUGUCACAUUGCGAUCAGAAAUUAGCAGUCGUGUUGAGUGUGGCUAUUAGUGUGGCACUGCAUUGAAAGAAGAAGGUUUCUUGUGUUUGCUGCAUACUUUUACACCCCCUAACGUAGACCAACCCAACAGCCGCCACACGGCGGUAUGGCAUGAUUCGAAGCGCAUUCCUGAAUGGGUACAUUUUAAAGCUUCUCCAUUCGUUAGAUUUACACCCUGAUCAAUGUUAUAGAGCAGCGCCAGAGCAAACCGAGACACUCACAGCAGUAGUGGGUAGUUACAUUAGGAUUAGAAGCAGCAUACCUACUCACACCCAAAUAAGCUCAUGAUCACUGAUUCCUAGGUGACCGCAACCGCAGGGGUCCAUUUUAUAAACCAAACAAGUGCGUAGGCCAUCUCGAUCCGCGCUUGAGUAGAACGCAGAUAUGGGACGACGUUCGACAUGUUUUUCUACUGCGUGUGAGAGUAAACUAAAUCAUCCUUUAAGAUCCUUUGAUCAUCCUCUACGAUAAGGCCAUCCUUUUGAGAACCAAUUUCACAAAGACAUAAAGAGAGUGUAGGAAAAAGAGAGAGAGUGUGCGUGUGUUUGCGUGAGAAAGAGAGAGAGAGAGAUGGAGCGGAUAGCGAGUGUGUGUUGAAAGUUCUGUGUCGUAGGUUUAGGUUUUCACUACUAUUCCGAAGUUGUCAGAGAACUGGAACAGGAAGCGGAUAGGAUGAACCAGUUGUUGUGUGUGCAUUGAAAGCUGACACUUUAAGGAAAAGCAUGUUUUCUGAAAUCUUAUAAUGAAAGCACUGACACUAUUGGUAUAAUUUUAAUCGGCUCGCCGAGAAGAAACA